CCGAACAACAACAGGUAAUAAUUAUAUUAGCAACGACAACGCCGCACUAAUUGCAGCAAUGACGGCUCAUUUUGAGUGAAUAUCGCAACGAUCGGACGCCGACGACAGAGCAAAGCUACCACCACCACCACUAAGCCAAAACAAACAAACAAACAAACAGCCAGCCAGGCUGCUAGCCUGCUAGCCGAUGUUGUGAAUGCUGUUAGCCUCGAUCUAGCCGAUAUAAAUAAGAAACGUCGCUUGCUGCUCGGAUUACUAGUUCAAUGUUCUAAGCGCAAAGUGUACACGCGAGCGAAACGUACGGAACCAAAGUGAAUUAAAUUUACAAUUACCUGACACAAACACAGUUGAUAAACAACUUGAACCGUUAUAAAGUGCAAGUGAAAAAAAAAAAAAUUGAGUGAAUUACCGAAAUUUAUACGAAAAAAAAGGAAUUGCACAAAUGUGAAAUCUUACAAAAAAAAAAAAACUGUGAGGAUAUAAUUAAAGUAGUUGUGCGCUAAGAAAACUGUGAAUCCAUGAUUUUAAGAAAAAAAUUAAACUAAUCUAGAAGGCAAACAACUAUCAAAAUCAAUAACAAUUGUUGCUAAACGCAUGGAUUGCGAGUAGAUCGUUCGAUUUUUUCUUCAAGUCCUCCUCCUAAAUAGUUUUAACCCCCCUUCCAGCCCGCAGCUAACACGCGCGCCACACGCACACUAUGCAAUCACAUCAGGAUACCUUCGGCGCUGAUGCCUCUAAACGUUAUGGCCAUCGACGUACCACCGCACUGGGCAAAGCGAUGCCCGUCACCUCAUUGUUACUGCACUGUCCGCCACCCAACAUGUCCUCGAUGCGUUCAAACUUUAUGCGUGAUGGCCGCACACCCGACGAAGAGCGUCCGCCACUCUUCUUUCAAUUAGAAUCGAAUUCAAAUGAAUUCAAUCAAGUCGACAGCUUCAGAACAGAGCGCGCUAUAACACCCAAUCGAAAUGAAGACGCACACUCUUCGAGCGAUGAGUUAAAUCCUGAGUCAGAAUAUGAAUUACUAGUUUCAGAGUGCAGCAGCGGCAAUGGUGAUGGUGGUGAUGCGCCCCGCAAUGAUCCCGGCAUCUCCAUAGUAGGCAAUUCAAUCUUCUACAAACCCUGCCUGACAUGCACCGACAGCGCACCUGGCGAUUUGGGUGCACGCGCCACCGCCAUCAAUGAGAUGUGUCGUCGGCUGUGCACUGAUGAGUGCCGAUUGCGUUUGAGCUUGGCCGGUUUUGUGCCGCCAUCAGAGGUGACCUUGAAAUCCAGUGAAGCACUGGCUGAGUACGUGAAAGAGACAUGCCAACAGCAGCGACCACAGCUGCAACACACUUGCUCAGAGGAUACAAUGCGCGCCAAUUCCGUAGACGAGUCGCUGGCACAAGGAACCGAUGAAGUUGACAGAGUUGCUACAGCAAUUCAAGCGCCAAUAGGUCUGAAUGCGAAUGUAGUCACGUCCGCCGUGGCGGCAAAUGCGCCCAUACUACGCGCGCCCUCAGGUAUUGCCAUACAACGUAAGAAAUUUCUCACAGAUAUUUUAACGGCGAACACAAACGAUACAGACAGUGACUCCAGCUUUGUUGACGAACAAAAGGAGAAGCCAGACGGUAGCAAAAAAAGGCAAGAGCUCAAUAAUAAAUUGGUUAAGCCAGCACGUGAACUAGUUGAUGAAAUCACAUUGACUACUCCGCGCAACGACGACGAGGACGAGGACGACGACGACGUUGACGACCACGCUGGUGGUCCUCCACUCGUUCAUGGCGACAAUAAUAUGAAUGCUACAAUCGUCGAUCGGCACGAGAUGACCAUGCUGAAGGACUUCCGUGAGAAAUUCGAAAUUGCGGAAGCAUUGGCAAAGGCCUCAGCAAUGACCUCAACGACACAAAUGAAACAACGUCUGGCGGCGCGGCAACUGGAAAUGGCGAGCGCAAAUGCGAAUACGAAAGCAGCCGCACUGGCGGAGCUUAUGGUGGCGGCGGCGGCGCGAACGAGUAAUGUAACGGCGUGUGCGCCCGAUGUUGCAGUGGCAGACAAAGACGGGUGUGUGUCGCCGACGGCACAAAACCAACAAACAAAACAAGAAAGACGACGCCAACGACAACAACGGCGACGAGAGCAACAUAAAAAGCGACAACGACAGCAACAACAAGCGCCCCAAAAAGGUGUGCCAGCCAAUUGCGCGCCAACUCAUGACGCAUUUACGCACUCCAAUAACGCGAUCAACGUGAGCGAUGUGAACAGCUGCUGCGUUGAUAACAACAACGAAAAAGUCAACAACUAUCACCAUGAACAUCGAGCCGUUCGCCGUAGUGACGACGCUGAAUGUGGUUGUUGUGUGUAUAGCGAAGGUGGCAACGACGACGACGACGACGACGACGACAACGACGACAACGACAACGAUGACUACGACGACAAUGACAGUGACAGUGACAAUGACAACUUUUUUGGUAUUGCCGGUACAGACAAUGCGGCUACCAUAAAACAACAGCAACAGCUACAUAAACAUCAACGUCAAGAGAAUACUGUAAUCGAUUACGAGCCACCGCGGGAUUUACUUUUGUAUCUUGUGAGAAUGGGCUCCUUCAAUUCGGCACCAAAAAUCAACAAUGUCGACUCACAGGAUGACAGUUUGGAGAUACCGAAAGGACUGAGCACAACUGAAUUGUUGCAACACGUCAAACAUUUGAGGGGCGUACAUCAGCCGCAAUUAUUGACUAGAUACUUUGUCAAGCCAUCGCUCAGCGCAGAUGUAACGGAUGGAAUGCGUUCGCUUAAAUUAAACUCAGUAGCCAGAGACUAUAGUGUGGCCUCCACGUUACCCAAUCAUAUACGCGUUUUGCAGUGGAAUAUUUUAUCGCAAACGUUGGGACAAAAUAACGACGGCUUCGUGCGUUGUCCAGAAGAGGCACUGACAUGGGAGAAUCGAAAAUUUCUCAUCGUCCAAGAAAUUCUACAGAACAAUCCAGACAUCAUUUGCCUACAGGAAGUGGAUCAUUUUAAGUUUUUACAAACCAUUUUGGGUACACAAAACUAUGAAGGCAUAUUCUUUCCGAAACCCGAUUCGCCAUGCUUGUACAUUGAGGAGAAUAACGGCCCGGAUGGCUGUGCCAUUUUUUACAAACGCGACAAAUUCGAACUGAAGAACUUCGAUACCCGCAUUUUGGAGGUGUGGCGCGUGCAAAGCAAUCAAGUGGCCAUUAUAGUUAACCUGGCUGUCAAGGCUACCGGCAAGGAGUUCUGCGUAUGCACCACUCAUCUGAAGGCGCGUCAUGGCUCUCUGCUAUCGAAAUUGCGCAAUGAGCAAGGCCGCGAUCUGUUGCGUUUUGUCAAACAAUUCGCCUCGCAACGUCCAGUAUUGAUUUGUGGCGACUUCAAUGCCGAACCCACAGAGCCAGUAUAUGCCACAGUGCUGAGUGGUGAGCUGCUAAAAUUGGCCAGCGCCUAUGCGGAUGUCAAAGCCGAACGCGAUGAAUGCAAUAAUGAUAGCGCUAAUGAAGUGAAAGCUGAUGCAGAGUUAGUUUCUGAGGCGCCUGAGAUGGUUGAGCAGGACGGGGAGGAGGUCGAGGAAGAAGUGGAGCUUAUUUGCGAUGACAGCGUAAUGAAAUCAAUACAGCGAGAGCCACCUUAUACCACGUGGAAGAUACGCGAAGAUGGCGAAGAGUGUCACACCAUCGAUUAUGUAUUCUACACGCCAGAGCAGUUCAAGAUUCGUAAUUGUCUGGAAUUCCCCAGGGAUGAUGAAGUUGGCAAAAAUCGAACGCCUAGCUUCCAGUAUCCAUCAGAUCACUUCUCAUUGGUGUGCGACUUCGAAAUAUUAGAUAAGCAGUAAACAGCGUUGUUGCUGCUCUUCAAUGCGUUUAGUGUACAACAAACACAUUACCGCACUUGCAGCAAACAAAGCAAACAAUUUAAGGCAUUAUUAGAAUUAUCCAGUUUUGCUGGCGAUGCACAACUUUAACUUCAUUGGCAUUCACGAAAUCAAUUAAAUAAUUGUGAUAUUAGUUGUUAGAUAUACUUUAGAGACAUAUGUAGUUGCAUUCAAAUACAAACAAACAAGCCAAUCAGACAACAAACUGAUACAUUUUUUUGUAAUACUUGACAGCAAUAAACAUUAGUAGAAAUAUAAGUAAAUGGAUAUGUAUGUGGAACAAAUAA